UAUCUUUAGAUUCUGAAGGUUAACCUAACGGUUCAAAGUGGUUCGUGAUGAUCGGGAGGUUGUGUGUGUUUUCUCGGUUGGCUUGUCGGAGAGCUGUUUAUAUAUUCCGAGAGUUUUGUGCUGAGGCAGAACUCUUGGUAGAAGAUGGGAGUAAAUCAAGAAGUUGUAAACCUAUACGCCCUUUAUAUUUUGAUUUUCAAGCGUCUACACAACUGGAUCCUCGCGUCUUAGAUGCCAUGUUGCCGUUUUAUAUCAGUCACUUUGGUAACCCUCAUUCACGCACACAUGAGUAUGGUUGGUAUUGCGAAGAAGCCGUUGAGAAAGCUAGAGAGAACGUAGCCAAUCAGAUAGGUGCUGACCAUAAAGAAAUCAUUUUCACCAGUGGUGCGACAGAAAGUAACAACCUAGCUGUAAAAGGUGUUGCUAAGUUUUACCACCCAAAGAAGAAGCAUAUUAUAACUACACAAAUCGAGCAUAAAUGUGUCUUGGAUUCCUGUAGAGUUUUGGAAAACAACGGGUUUGAUGUUACGUAUUUACCUGUUCAGAAAAACGGAAUUCUAGAUUUGGAGGUUCUGGAACGGUCUGUUAAGCCCGAAACGAGUUUAGUCUCUGUCAUAGCUGUUAAUAAUGAGAUAGGUGUCCUUCAGCCCAUCGAAGAAAUCGGAAGACUAUGUCGAAGUAAAGGGGUUUUCUUCCAUACUGAUGCUGCACAAGCUUUCGGAAAAGUGCCAAUUGACGUCAAUGCUAUGAAUAUUGAUCUCAUGUCCAUUAGUGGUCACAAGAUAUAUGGUCCUCAGGGGAUUGGUGCUCUCUACGUACGUCGUCGACCCAGGGUUCGAUUAGAAGCUCAGCAAAAUGGAGGUGGACAGGAACGUGGGCUAAGAUCUGGUACUCUUCCUACGGCUUUAGUUGUUGGCUUAGGUGAAGCAAGCCGUUUGGCCAGUGAGGAAAUGAAAUGUUAUUCAUUUUGUUUCUUUUAUUAGGCUGAGAUCUUGCUUUUCAAUAUCAGUUUUUCCAAUACCUUUUAAAGGUUUCUGUCACUCAGUUAAUUUAUCAUGAUUAACGUAAGUCACCCUAGUAUUGGUGAUACAAUUUCAUGUAAUUCUACCUAACACUAACACUGAGAUACUUUUGUAAAUGACUUUCGAAGUAUUAAUGAGAUUUUCAGACACCCCUCUUUAAGAUAGCUCCCAACCACGGCCGUGUCCAACUAUUCAAGACCAGUCAUGUCAUCCGGAAAACAGUGAUUGUCAGCUUGAAAUAUCCAAAGUGGUUAAGGGUUUGAUGGAGUGUGAAAAGUGUUCAAUAAACCCACAACCUGAACAAAAACCAGUCCAUUUCCUGCGAAUCAGUUUUUGUUGCGUCCAGCACACUGGGAAGUGCAAUAAGAGACACAAUUUUGGACUCAUCUAUCAAAAAAUUACUUUAGUGUCUAUCACCUUUAUUUUCUAAGCUGUUUUUUGGAAAUUUACACGAUAGUCGUCUCACUUUAGAAUAACCUAAUACAGUUUGCCAUAUCUUCUAAAUUAUCUGAAUGCUAUUUAAAUCAUAUGUUUUUGGGGGAUUUUAGUAGUUGAUGUUCCUUCCAAACUUUCGAUUCGUUAUAGAUAUCGAAAUUCACUGGAUAGUGAGCACAUGGAUAGAUUGAUCAAAAUUCGUCAUAACAUAGGACAGUUAAGAUGUCUUUUAAAUUGUUUCAUUUUGCUCUGUGUAGAUUUUCAAAGAAUGAUAGUUAGAGUGUUAUUAAUUUCGUAUUUUUCACUGACAUGAGUCUUUCCGCUAGUGGAUGAGAAUUGUGUUAUAUUCUUACAAUAAAUAGAUACAACUUUUUUUAACAUCAGUGUUUUUGACCGUUGCGAAGUCUCCACCACUGUUUUUUAGGAGAAUUUAAGUGUUUGACUAUCGGAACUAAUGUGAAGCCGAAAGACAGCUUCUUGUGUUGUAUUGGGGCUCGUGCAUUCGGGCCAUCUAUUGUAGGAGCAGUUGUAUUUUAUUUAUUUAUUAUUUAUUUGAACACAUAAAUAUUGGUACAAGAAUGCGCCAAAUAUGUAUGCGCCACACAAAACAUUGUUUUGUGCAGUUGUAUUCUCUAGUCCGAUUAUUGAUUUAUUCACCUAGAUUGCCUUUAUAGGACUAAUUACUUGUUAGUCAUCGACACAAUGAUCUUUCUUCGACUAUUUCCUCAAUGACAGUGAGAUAACAACCGAGAUGAAUAAUUAACGCUUAUUGGUCUAGGAUACUGUUUUCUAUGCUCACUUACCCGAUAGCUAGAAUAGAACAAGGUAGAUAAAUCACUGUAGAGUUCGAUUCAUAGCUCAAAGUAGCGUGAUAGCAUGCAUUAAUUUUCACUGCAGAUCAGCAUAAAUAAGGAAGCACAAUAUGUGCAUAACUACCCCUUAAGUGCAAUAGAACUAAGUAUUAGGUCCAUAAUUAUUUCACCAUAAAUUUAGUAAGGUAAACAAAGGACUAUAACUGAUGUGCCACAUAAAAGCUUACAACCAGGAUAAUAUUAAGUACUAUCAUCCAAGCGUCUAAUAAUCAUGCAAUAAAAACAUAAACGAUAGUCCUUUAUAGGAGUCCCCAAAGUUCUACCUUCACAAUAUUCCCUUUAUUAUUAGCAGAAACAUGAAAUAUGUUCAUUACAUACUUGGUCGAAGUUAGAAUAGUGGAAUAUAUAUCCCAAAAGAGUCUUCAUCCCUGCUCGCAAUCUCACCAUCGAUAACUAAUUUCAGUAUUAUGACUUGAUCAGAAGUUGUUGCUUGCGCAUAUUAUAAUGUGCGCAACUCUGUUAACCAGCACAGUAUCAUAAAGUACGCAUUGGCAAUCCCAACGGACUGUCUUAUGUACAUUGUAAGCCUCAAGCUAGUACUACAAUAUUAUGUCUUUCCACUUAUUGUAUUUCAUAUCGUUCAUCCAGGUAAAUAACACUUAUUCUCGACUGGUCAUAAUAUGUAGUCCAGUUGACUUUGAGUCUUUCUAAAGUAUCACUAAUGCAGUAAUCUGACAUGUUUCUGGUCGUAAUUGGUUUCUUCUGUGCUGUAUAAGCUGUACAAUUAUGCAGUGUGGAUAGGUCAAUUUUAUUUUCUGUGUGAUAAUUCAUAUUAUUAUGGAUCGCAGCAAAUAUGAUGUACUCAUUUGGUAUUUUUAUUUUUAUCCCAUGGGAUUGUAAGUGUAUAACUUUGUUUAGAGUCACAUGAACUCAUAGUAAUAAAACAUUAGGGAAACUUUAAAGAUAAUAAUAUGAAAUUGUUUUUAGGAUUAAAAACGUUAAUAUUAAUUGCAUGCGAUAUAAGUAGCACUGUUCAUGUCAUGUGAAGAAUACUCUCUAUUGAAUGGACUUUGGAAUCUAAUAUUAGUUAAAUCUUUAGAUAACUUGUCCUACUCUGACUAAAAAAUGCUCUAUUUCCGGAAGAACAUUUACGAAUGUAUCAGAGCGACAUAUUAAUGUUCACUUUUGCUUAAUUUUACCCAUCUUCCACCUGAAUAAUUAGUUCAGUGGCAGAACUGGAUAAUUUCUACUUUUUCUCAAUAGUAUUUUCUUAUGUCUGAAAUGAACAAUGUAAGUAGACGAGGAUAAGUCAACUCAACUAUAUUAACAAACACAAUUUUAUGUACAGCUUUUGAAAACAUUUCCGUCCAUAGUAAUUAUCUAUUCAACUUUUUAUCUGUUUUUCACUUACUAACCUUUUUUGUACUGUGUUAUUAGUAACUAAAACCUGUCUUUUCGGAUAUCCAUCAUUUUUUCAAAACAUAAAUUCACUGAUACAAAGUUGUGCUUGCUUUUACAAAUCAAUACAGGAUGAUUAUGAACAUGUUUCCAUG